CCUGUACCCUCUGGCAGAAGCCCAGACAGCAGCAGAUUGGCUCAGGGCAGAGGAGGCCUGAACGCCUUUGUAAGGGAACAGCCAGGCUGGGUUAUACUCUGUGCUAAGAGUGCCCUGCCGGAUCCUACGUGCCAGGUGUGCUCAGAAAAGCCCACCAGGCAGCCAGGGGCCAUGGGGCUGCUGACCGGGGACACACUGAUGACCCUGGCUCUGGCCGGGGCCGUCUUCUUGCUCUUGCUCGACCUGAUGCACCGGCGCUCACGCUGGGCUGCACGCUACCCACCAGGCCCCACGCCCCUGCCCGGGCUGGGUAACCUGCUGCAGCUGGACUUCCAGGACACACCGAAAUGCUUCAACCAGUUGCGGCGCCGCUUUGGGGAUGUGUUCAGCCUGCAGCUAGCCUGGACGCCGGUGGUCGUGCUCAACGGGCAGGCCGCCAUACGAGAGGCGCUGGUGAACUGCGGGGAGGACACGUCUGACCGCCCACCUUCGCCCAUCUACGAGCACCUGGGCUUCGGGCCGCGCUCUCAAGGGGUGAUCCUGGCGCGCUACGGGCCCGCGUGGCAGGAGCAGAGGCGCUUCUCCCUGUCCACCUUGCGCAACUUCGGCCUGGGCAAGAAGUCUCUGGAGCAGUGGGUGACGGAGGAGGCCGCCUACCUCUGUGCCGCCUUCGCUGACCAAGCCGGCCACCCCUUUAGGCCCGACUCUCUCCUGAGCAAAGCUGUGAGCAACGUCAUUGCCUUCCUCACCUUUGGGCACCGGUUCGAGUACGAUGACGAGCGCUUCUUCGCACUGAUGAGGAUGCUGGAUGAAGGACUGAAGGAGGAAUCUGGAUUCCUGCGCCAGGUGCUGAACGAGGUCCCGGUGCUCCUGCGCAUCCCCGGGGUGGCUAAGAAGGUAUUUUCUGGUCAAAAGGCCUUCAUGGCCAUGAUGGAAGAGCUGGUCAAUGAGCACAGGACGACCCGGGAUCCGGACCAGCCUCCCCGAGACCUCACUGAUGCCUUCCUGACCGAAGUGGAGAAGGCCAAGGGGAACCCUGAGAGCAGCUUCAAUGAAGAGAACCUGCUCCUGGUGGUGGCUGACCUAUUCUCUGCGGGGAUGGUGACCACCUCGACCACGCUGGCCUGGGCCCUCCUGCUCAUGAUCCUGCACCCUGAUGUGCAGCGUGAGUCCAGUGGGGGGUCGGGUGGGGAGGGCCGGAGGAACCGGGUGGGCGGGAGUCCAGGUGUAGGCUGGAUACAGAGUGUGGCCGUGAGCCCGUGGUGGCAGGGGUCCUGGUGCCCCCAGCCCAGAGCCCACUCAGGUCAGGCAUCUCCUGCCCAGGGCACGACUCUCUUCACCAACCUGUCGUCGGUGCUGAAGGACGAGAAACUCUGGGAGAAGCCCUUCCACUUCCACCCCGCACACUUCCUGGAUGCCCAGGGCCGCUUCGUGAAGCCAGAGGCCUUCAUUCCAUUCUCGGCAGGCCGCCGCACAUGCCUCGGGGAGCCCCUGGCCCGCAUGGAGCUCUUCCUCUUUUUCACCUGCCUCCUGCAGCGCUUCAGCUUCUCAGUGCCCCCCGGACAGCCCCCGCCCAGCGACCACGGGCAGUACGCCUUCCUGGUGACCCCGGCCCCCUUCCAGCUCUGUGCUGUGCCGCGCUAGAGGGGGUGCAGGCCCCAGCCCGCUCCCCAAACCCGGAUCCCUGAUGUACAAUAAACCAGGGUGGAAGCUCCCACCGGACAGCCCGGGGUCGUGCCUGGGCCCAUUGUCUGCAGAGGACAA